AUACGAUAAUCAAUGGCGGYGAGCUUCAUUUCUGUCUUUUACCUCUGCUGUCUUCUUCAUAUAUCUGCAACUUCUUUGUCCGUGAACCAAAACGUCGUCGCGCGCACCAAGGCUUCCAUAAAAGACGCUGCAAAACAGUUUAAAUUCGACUGGUGUAAGCAAAGAAUAAGUCGUUACGAUUGGAAGUCAAGACUAAAGAGUUGUUUGAAGGACAUUCAAUGGGAAACACAAAGAGGGCCUUCCUCCAUGGAAACGGACCCCAAACGCAGCUACGUUAAGAAGUUAGACAUUCAACCAGCCGGCUAUUUCAGCAAAAUUUUUAUUCAAGCUGUUUUAAAAAACGACGAGAAGAAAAAAGUCGGAGGGGAUUUUUUUCGAGCGUAUAURAGCGGGCCCUCUGAUUUAACAGCUACGGUCAUCGAUCAUAAUAAUGGUACUUAUGAAUUACUCUUCCUGGUAAUGGUACCUGGUCGUUACGAAGUCCAGGUUAUAUUGGACUAUACUCUGUGUAAGGGUAUUAAAGAUCCUCCACAGGACUGGUUUGCAAGAGGUUGUCUCCACGGCUCGUUCCAGCCCUCUGGUAGCCUACACGGUCGUACGCAUGACUACAUUAACAAACCGCUAACAAAGACUAAAGGGCUUCAGUUUGUAGUAGAACCAUCUUUUGCACAGUCUGAUAAAGAACUAGGAGCUUUUAAAGAUGCUGGUCACCUUGGAUGUAAAGAUGACUGCAAUGUAUUAUGGGAUGGUUAUGGUACAUGGGUGAACAACCAAUGGAUUCCGUACACUCCAGGUCUGGCGUUGGCGGGUUCAGGACAUCCCCAGGGCCAAGGUGUAUUAUGGGUGUUCGGUGAUUCACUAAACAGAUAUUUCUAUGAAUCAAUCCUAACUCGUCCACUCUGCUGGCAAGUUUUCCGCGCUUGUUACUUCACGAUGACUUGGGUCUACAUUCUUCGACACACAGCGAAAGAGGAGAUGGAUCUCAGAUAUGGCGGGAAAUACAUCAAUAUCCCUAGAAUCCUGAACGAACUAAAGAGUGUCAUAAUAAGACCUGAUAUGGACGAGAAUAGCGCACUACUACUUAACACUGGCGUGCACUUGUUAAAAAGCUCUGGUUUUUAUACUUAUCAAAAAAUUAUCAAUGGGAUUGUAUUGACUCUUAAACAGUUCUAUCGUGGGACUGUCAUAUGGAAGACUACUACUAGUAUUGGGACACAACGCGAGUUAUACAGUGGGUGCUUUAGGAGAUUCCAUACUGAACAGCGCGUCGACUUGUUCAACGCCUACGCCAUGACAGCCAUGUGUCGAGCAGGAUUUCUUGUCCUUGAUGUGUACCCACUGACCAGUUCAUACCCCGGCGGCACUUUGGAUGGCGUCCAUUAUAACAAUAGCGUGUUCGCAUCUGCUGAAGAUAUUCUCGAGAAUUACUUUAAAACGUAAACCAAGAAGAUGUACAUGAAUUCGGUUUUUCACAAA